AUGCCACUGGUAGCCCAACGCUCUUUAAGGAGAUAUAUAGUACUUUUAUUUAUAGUGGCUAUCGUGCUAUACUAUAUACUAUUCUCUCGACAUUCUACUUCACCAUCCUCAUCAGCUGCCGACUCUUUGUCUUCCGAACGACCUAAUCUCGCGUCCGAGUACAUUAAACCAGAGCAACAUGGUGCCGGUCAACUAGAAACCGUUCUACAUGUGGAUCGUGCAUUACUACAGCAACGAGAACGAGAAGCUCGUCGACGUCAAAUUGAUCUCAAGUAUUGUGGUCGGGAUCGGUGUCAGUUUGUUCUUCCUGUUGCUAUCACUGAACAAGAAUCCAAGGCACAAGAGCAUUUUCGACAUCUCGCGUUUUUAUCUGGUGCGUUGGAUCGUACGAUCGUAUUACCCAAUGUUCACAGCUCACAUCUCGGUGCUUGUCGACAUUUUCCUUUCAGCUUCUAUUAUGAUAAUGCAUGGCUCAACAACAAUCGACGCUUCUUUCGAUAUUUGACUAUGGAGGACUUUCGAGAUUGGAUCAGCGAACGACGCGAGAUUGAUGCCAUUCCCACAUCACGUGAAUUGACCAUCGACAUCAACCCCAACUUCAAGUUUCUCGACAACGCCAAUAAUUGCUUCAAGGAUCUUCUCGAUUAUUCAUCGUAUCCGCCGACCCACUUUACACUUGAAGACCCAGAAAUGUUCAGCAAGCGUGUAGGCAACUAUACGGAGAUGCUAUUGGAAGCCUUUCAACAAAAUCAAGAGGAUGUCGAUGUCAUUAGUCUCUUUUACGAUCGCAGAUUUGGCUAUAUCGAGCAUCCAGAGGUGGAGAUACCAUUACCAUACAACAAUCGGUGGGAGCAAUUAGCUGAUCAGAUUGCUGAACAACUACAGCCAUUUGUCGCUAUUCACUGGCGCAUGGAGCGAUUAGAAGCAUUGGAUAAUUUGGUGCCAUGUGCGGAGUCCCUUGUACGAAAAAUCCAUGAGAUUGAAUCCAUUCAUCAGCAACCUCUCAAAGUAUUCCUGCUGACCGAUUAUCCGCAUCUUUUACGCACCUCCAAAGCAACCCCUGAGUCCAUGUCAUUCAAGUUAAACGAGCUUCAGCAGCAACACCAUGAUGCUAUUCAAUACUUGUAUGAGCAUGUCGACGUAACAGUAACCACCUUACAACGCAAGAACCAACCUGUACCCUAUGACGAACUACCAGCCAAGAAUUGGAAUGUCAUUACCGUACCACCCUACGCUAAACCUGCCGAUCCAAGUGUGUUGGGUAUUGUUGACAAGUUGGUGGCUAUGCGUGCACAAUACUUUUUGGCAGGAGAACCAGGCGUUUGUGCCAAAUCCAGCAGCUUCACCAAACGCAUCAUGUUGGAACGUGAAGCCGCAUUCAAUGCUGGCGAUCCCCAGAUUGUAGUCCCAGUAGAUACCUUUUCAUUGUAG